CGGGGGGUGGUGUGGUGUGCGCCUGCGCGCGCGGGAAGUCUCGCGCUGCGGCGGUUGGUGGACGUCUCAGCGUCUCGGCGCGAGGGCGGGCGGGCCCGUGGCGAGGAAUGAGAGCGGCGCCCAGGUGAUCGACAAAUGACUAAAACUUAGAGCCUUCCAUUAGCCCUAGCAGCAACUAAGCUGCCAUUGAAUGAUGGGUCAACAUAUUUCGAACCAAACUCCGACUGUCUUAAAUAAAUUGCCAGAUAAAGUGAUGAAACACGCAGCUUUGGUACGAGAAAGUGGCUUCUUGACGUAUGAGGAAUUUCUUGCCAGAGUAGCAGAACUUAAUGAAAUCACAGAAAGGUUAGCUGCUGGCCAAGAGAAGUGCUUAUUGUUCGAAGUACAGCCUGGCUCUGAUUCCUCAGCCCUUUGGAAAAUUAUUGUUCGGGUUGUUUGCUCAAAGAUAAACAAGACGACUGGAAAUAUCGAUGCCUCCAGAAUUUUAAAUCUCUAUCAGUUCACCCAGCUAUAUCGGGAGAUCACUGUUCAGGCAAGUGGAGUUCUGACUCAAGACAGCAGCAUGUCUGAUGGAACAACUGCAGGUGUUUCUUCAGUAUCUUCCUCUCAUGCCAGUCUGUGGCUCGGCAAGAUCAAGCAGAUGACCGAUGAAGAAGAAUGUUGCAUUUGCAUGGAUGGUCGCGCUGACCUUAUUUUGCCCUGCGCUCACAGCUUCUGUCAGAAAUGCAUUGAUAAAUGGAGUGAUCGCAACAGGAAUUGUCCAAUUUGCCGACUGCAAGUGACUGAAGCCGGGGAUUCUUGGGUCGUAUCUGAAGCACCUACUGAAGAGGACAUAGCAAGUUACAUUCUUAAUCUAGCAGAUGAGGCCGGGCAGCCUCACAAGCCCUAAGACUAAUGAGGGUUAAACCUUGUGUAACUGAAGAAGGCUCCUUCGUUCGGCUCCUUGUCAAAGAAAAUGUGCUUUUUAACAAGUUUUACCAGCAUUGAGGCCAUAAUGGCUGAAUAGCAUCUUUCGGUUUUACUGCCCGUUUGAUCGUGUAUUGAGGUAGACUGCCAAACAUAUCUGAAGUUCUCAGUUGUGUUUUUGUCUAUAUUGGUUAAAGUGGACAAAUCCGUGCAGGAAUUGUUUGUUUUUGGUACAUCUUUACAUUAUACAUCAAUGUCUGCAAUACAUUUCAUAACAAUCACUGCAUUAUUUUGUAUAUCCAGCAAGUCCUCUAUGGAAAUCUGCUCAUACCACUUCACAUCGGGGAAAAGCUCAAUUGUAGCACUGUUUGACUUUUAAAGGCUAAAAGUUAUAACUUGAUAUUCAUGCACUUUAUGUCUGUAGAGUUCACUGUAGUUCAAUGCAUGGAAGCUGUGAGUACCAAACUGGCAUUUUCAAUUGAUUUUUGAUUCGCUCUAGAUUUAAAUAUUUUUUGAUUAUGUUUUUUCAUGCUUGCUAAGGAGUGAACAAAAUGUAAUGUAAAUUGUUAAGACUAGAUUAGGGAUUUUGCUUUGUGAAUGGGUUAUAAGAUUAUAUUUAGAUUUUACAAACUCAUGAUUGAGGAAUAAACUGGUGGUUUACUAUAAUGAGGCCAAAAUAUAAACAGUAUUGAUCUCUUAGAACCUAACCUGCCUGUUUUGGAUUGGAACUCAAGAAACUUUGAGGUUUAAUAAUGGUCGUAGCUUACAGACAUUCAGCUUUGUGUUGGCAACAAGAACAUUGGAAUUUAAUGAUUUGUAUUGGGAGUUUUGCUUUGAUGAAGCGAAUACUGAGUUUGUAUUGCCUUUUGCCCUGCACACAUGGGCAACUUUAAUACACCUUAAUUUAGUUGUAGAUGAUAACCUGCCAAUUGCCCUGAAAUCACAGGCUGUGAAGUGCUUUGAGACAUCUCAACAACGAGAUAAGGCGCUGUAUCAAAUGCAAGGAUUAUUAUAUUAUGUGAGUGAAUGUGUUUUGUUCUUUCUCUCUUGUCCCUCCCCCCCUCCCCAUUUCCAUUGAAGCAUCCUAUUUUAUUUACCUUCUACUGUAGGAGUCGUCUGCUCCCCUUUCUUCACAAAAAAUAGCUUGUGCUGUUUUUUAACAGAAGGCCUGUUAAGAGGAAGGCCAUUCGCUGCUAUUCAUUUUGUGACAACAUGGAUAGAACCUUUUUGUUAAACAAGAUCUUUCAUGAAAUAUUUUGAGAUUGGAGAGUGCUUCUGUGAAAUAGCACAUGAUUGACAUACUUCAUAGUUCAAACACUGUUACAUUACACGAAUACAAAUCAGGUUUACACUGAAUAGUGAAAAACUCAAAUUAAUAUCGGCCUAAAACAAAUCUUGAACCGUUUUGAGGUAUUAAGUCAUGACUCGUGAGUUAGUUUCUUGCUUGCAAAAUAGUCUGGCUUACUAUUGUCUGCUCUCUGGUUCUGUUGGGGAUUGGAAGAAGUUGAAGUUCAUGGAACUGUUUGAUCUUAAUAUGAUCUUAGCACAGACUUGCUUGUUUGAUACCCAGGAUUUGAAAGUGAGAUGUAGCCUGCGCACUUUAAUUCUUUAAUUACAUACCAAUGAGCUAGGUUGACUACUACGAAUUAUUAACCCGCUGCUUUUUGUUUACACUAAAAUAAUAACUUCUCUAAUUUAAAACUCUGGAAACACUUGUUUGUUUAUUUGGUCAUGUGGGGGUGGGGUUGACUAUUAGAUUUAGUACAAUAAAACAUGUUGUCCCAUGCA